AUGGCAUUUUGGUUAGUUAAUUUGGAAUCAGACAUAAUGUUAGGUUUACUUCCUUAAUCUCCUAAACUAUCGAUUCUUACUUGUGUCAUCUUUUGGAUUAUAAAUAUUCUAACUAUUAUUGUUUAAGAGUCUUACCUCAUAGAUAAUGAGAAAAAGGGAAUAUUUUGUUAUGAAACUUUAGCAGCAGUCUUUGUGGUUUAUGGAACUUUAGGAUUUAGUUAAUAUUUCAUAGCUCAAGUAAACAAUUGUAAUCAAGAGUUUAGAAAAGAAUACGAGAUUCUUUUAUUUCAAUAACUCCAGAAGAGUAAUUAACUCCUUAAAAAACUGGAUAAUUGACAAUGAAAUCUCCAUUAAGAACUGUUAUCACUUAGAAUUCACAUAGAAAAUAAUCUCGAUUGCUACCAUUAGCUGCGAGUUUUUAAAAAAGAUAUUACAAAGGGUUAUUUUUAUUUAUCACUAUCUUUAUUGUUCAUUCAUUAUUAUUUAUUCAUCAAACAACAGCACUUAUUACUUUAAAGACUGCCUUAUCGUUGCAUAUUAUAUUGUUGACCUAAUUAUUUUCAUCCGUACUCAUAAAUUUUUUUAGUAUAAUUUCUAUUGGAAAUUUAUUGAUAAAUUUAUACUCAAUGAAUGUAUUUGUGAAGUAUUAUGGAAAUAAUACAUUUUAUUCAGUUUUCAUGAAUUUUUUAACUAACACAACUGAGAUUUAUAUAUUUACAUUAAACUUGGCUUUGAUUAUGUCAUCAAUUAUUGGGAUCCUGUUUAUUAAUGAUUUAGUUAGUUAGAUAUUAUUUUAUUUUUAUUUGUCAAUAUUUGGAGUGGCCUUUUUAAUAAAGGUUUACCAAAAAAUAAAGGUGAAUGAAUACUGA